UUAAUUACGAAGUGACCCCGUAAUUUUUAUUUUUUAAUUUACCGAGCAGCAAUGUACUGCAAACAUUAAAAAACAAGAUGACAUGACAUUACGAGAUACGAGCUUUUUAAUAGUAACUGCCAGCAAUUGAAAAGAAUAAAAAUACAAUCAAAUUCCUCCUCAUUUAGAAAUAUUGAAGUCGGUUAAAAAAACGAUUAUCUUGCUAAUCCAAUUAAUCUAAGAGUCUAAGCUACCUCAUUGGACAAACAAAGUUAAUGUUUAACGCUUAGAGCAAACAAUUCCGUUCCGUGCGCACAUCGAGCUCACUAGAAAUUGUACCGCGUCGUAUGGUGCAUGGAAAAUGCCACUAAAAUUAAAAUAGCGAUUGAUAUUAUCCCUAGUGAAUCGUUCGUAGUGAAAUCGUAUACAAUGUUUUACCAAACAUCAACUGCAUCCCGCGAGUUUAACUAUACAAUGUGGGCUGAAUUUUUAGAAGAAGCAUUGCCAAAAGAGUAUGCUUACUCCAAGGUGAUAUACGCAAUAUCCAUGUUCUGCAUAUUUACCGUCAGCCUUAUAGGAAAUUUGCUUACGUGCGUUGUCAUUUACUACGACAAGUCUAUGCAUACUGCAACUAAUUAUUACCUAUUCAACUUAGCCGUGUCGGACUUGAUCGUCACCUUCUGCAUUCUACUGGCGGUGCAGGAGAAACUGAGUGACGCCGAUAUCUUCGGCCAGUUAGCGUGCCAAAUAUAUUUCGUGUGUGUUGUGUGCUCGUGGAACAACAGUAUCCUGACCGUAACCGCCUUGUCUAUUGAGAGGUACAUGGCCAUUAUGCGACCUUUAUUAUUGAAAUCAACUCCAAUGCGGCGGAGAGUAACCAAAAUAAUUGUCGUACUGUGGCUUAUAGCGAUUUUGGAGACAGUCCCAGAAAUGUUUACAGUUUCAGCAAUUACGACUCAACAAUCAACCAGCAUAUGUUUCACGAUUCCGACCGCUUUAUCCAGGGUUGUAAAUGGAGUGCUAGCAAUAAUAACGUUUCUGAUACCACUUCUUAUAAUGACGUUUAUAUAUUCAAUGAUCGCUGUAAAAGUUAAUGUCACACCGAAAGGCUAUUCAAGAAAUCAGAUUUUUAACUAUCGAAAUCCCAGAAGCAAAGUUAACAAAUUAUUAGUAGCUAUGACGCUGUCAUUCUUAAUCUGCUGGCUGCCGUUCUUCGCCAUCCGAGUCAUGGUCGCCACCCUGGACGUCCAGCAGCUGAAUGCUUCCGCUGAGUGGUGGGGGCUCGGGUAUAGAGUUGCAGACAUCAACAGCUGGUUUAGCAUCGCAAUAAAUCCAAUUCUCUUCAGCCUUAUGUCCACUAAAUUCAGAAAAGCUCUAAAGUCGUUUUGGAAUACGAAACUUAGGAACAAGCGUCACCUGAAAUCCCAGCGCAGGUAUAAUACGUGUACGAGGAUAUAAUCAUUCUUAAUUAUGAUAGUCGUGCAAGAAAGGUGCGAUAGUCGAGCAGAUAAUGGCUUGUAAUAUCCUUAAAUUGAAAUACAUCAUUGACAAAAUUUUGAAUACUGAUAGGAUAGACGAUGACAAGCGACCAAACUACAAUAUUGAAGUAUCCGCUAUCAAUUAAUUGAUAUAUGUGACGUUUUCAAUCAAAAGGUACCACAUUGUCGUUUUGGUAAACGAAAGUAAGGACGUAAAUAAGGUAAGGACGAAAAUUGCUUGUGUCUUCAUACGAAAAACCUGUCAGAGCGCCUUUAUGGCAAGCGACAAUGUUUUACCUUUUGCUUGAAAAACGACACAUAUUAAGUAGCUGAGUAUCGUGUCAGCUUUUUUCACUUUUUGAUUUUUAAAAUCUGUUGUAAGAGUGAUAAGGGUGAAUUGCAAAAAAAAAUGUAUAUACCUACUUAAGAACUGUAAUUAGUAUUAAUGAUUCCAUUGUAUUACGUAAAUUAAGGAGUUUUAAUUUAAGUUACAUGCAUGUAAUUGUGUUGGCGUAAGCUGGCCAUACACACUAGGGUAUUACACUGCGCAGUUUUGCCUGUACAGCAGCUGUUGAACUGCAGUUGUACAGGUAAAGCCGGUUAGGAAACUGCACAGUCGACAGUCCAAUGCCACAUACGCUCCUUUUAUACCCUAGUGUCGGGAUAGGAUAUCUAUACCCUGGCCUAGUGUGCAUGGUCAGCUUAAGCCGUAAACUUACUCAUGCAUGGAAUAGAUGAAAUAGAAUGUAUAUGCUUAAUUUUCGUAACGCAAUGGAUUAAUGUGUAGAAAUUCCUAGUAAGACUCAAUAAACUGUACAAAUUACAGUUAGCUAUAACUCAUUAUUUUAGCAUACAGGUGAUUAGCCUAGUUUAUAUUAUGUGCCGUUUGAAAAUAUUUCAAAGCCAAUGUCCUGGGUAACGAUGAUCAUUUCGUAAUCACCACAAUGUUAUAAUGUUUUGAUUACCAUUGGCAAAGAUAGAUAUAACUCCGUUAUAGAUGGAUACAGUCUAAGGAAACAACGUGCCUCGAAAAUCACGAAAAUUUGAUUCUCGAUCAGAUGGCACCACUACCUUUGGCCUACUCUCGUAUAGAGGGCUUUGACGGUUUCGUUUGUUAUUUACCAAUUUUAACGCAUAUCAGUGAAAGAACAUGGGUCAAAAUCAUAUAAAAAUAAUUAAUGCAAAUAAAAAAACAUUUGUCCAUAUUUAAAUACAUUUUAUUGUAUUUUUAUAAAUCUUAAUUUUUAGCUUUGUGUAAAGUGUGUCGAUAGAUGGCAGUGAAUUUACUGUGGUUACAAAAUUUACUAUGACAGUACCGCUCUAUCUUAUUAUAUCCUCUUUGCCAUUAGGGACACUUGUGAGUACACUGAAAUGUAGUCUGCAGCAGAAGGCAUGCUAUGCUAUUCAAAUAACAACAAUGGCUACUAUGACAGACACAUACAAGGUGACAUCUAAUGAGGGCUGUAUUGAGUUUAUAAAAAUAAGCAUAGAAGAAUUUUGAGAUCUGUUUUUCUGACCUACAUCUACAGUGGCGCCAACUGCUGAGCACAAAAUCGGUAGCCCUCAUUAAGAUGAAACAAAUAGCAGAUAUUAUUUUUGUCGGAAAUGUCAAUGUGUCAAUCAAAAUUUGAUUUGCUUUGUUGUUACCCUAACCUACCUUAUAAUUAAAAUACAACUCCUUACGAAUAAUUGGCGUUUUGUUAAAAGUUUUAGCUAACAAGCUACCAUCUUUACGAAAUCGAAAUCUUCAUAAUAGUAUUUUAUACAAUCGUGAUAUAAUGGAGACCUUGAAAAGCUUGAUUAUAUCACUAUUGUAUACAAUACUUUUUCUACUAUAAAACCUAAUUAAGGAAAAUUACGUAAGUAUCAGUAGUACAAAAGACACCAACGCGUGCAUAAUAUCUGAAUAGGUAUGAUCCGUCCCGUAUGACUCAUGAAAUAGUCGCGCGUUGGUGUCUUUUUCACUGGACCGCGGUGCCACGUGAUUGGUCAAAUUCAUUAUAGUUGACUAAACCGUUUCGAAAUGAAUAUUAUAGUUGAGUUGGGAGCCCAUACAUGAAAAGUACCCAAUUACAGUUUGUUUUACGAAAUCUUAAUUCAGCCAUUACAGUCAACGAGUAGAAAAAGCUCUUUUCCGUUCAGUGGUCAUUUUGCAAAAAAUGGACAUUCCUUUUAAAUCUUAUUUACAGACCGAAGAUCUCAUGCUAAUCCCCAACAUCUCCCUUGUGGCUGGCUACCUGCUGCACUACUGGCUUCGAAGAUUAGAUUGAUGCCUGUAAUCAAACACGGGGCCUAUACCUAAGCAUGCUGCUAUACUCGUAAUAACCAUAGCCUUUCCCAUACCUUGAUAUACCCGAGCCACUACCAUAAGAUUUGAAUAUACUCAUUACU